AUGGCCUCCACCGUGCUCAUUCUCUUUGCAUCACUCCUUGCACCGUUCUUAUUCUUCUUGCCUGGUGUUGACGCAGACACUAGCAGUAAUGUGUUCAGUGUGCAGAGUUACGGGGCUCAUGGAGAUGGACAACAUGAUGACACCAAAGCAUUGGGAGAUACCUGGUCUGCAGCUUGCUCCUCUGCGAAACCUGCAGUUGUGCUCAUUCCCAAGGGCAAGAAAUACCUCACCAAGCACACCACACUAUUUGGUCCAUGCAAAUCCAGCAUCAUGUUCAUGGUGAAGGGUACUUUGGUGGCUUCUCCCGAGAGGUCAGACUGGAGUAAGGAGACUAUAAGGCAUUGGAUCCUGAUCAGUGGUGUCACUGCUCUAACUGUCACUGGUGGUGGGACCAUCGAUGGAAAUGGCAUGAUUUGGUGGCAAAAUUCAUGCAAAACCAACUCAAAGCUACCCUGCACAGAAGCUCCAACAGCAUUGACAUUCCUUUCCUGCAAGAACCUGAAAGUGGAGAACCUGAAGGUGGUGGAUAGCCAACAAAUUCAGAUUUCAGUGGAGGAUUGCACCGAUGUGAAGGUCUCUCGCGUAUCGAUCACAGCACCAGAAACCAGCCCAAACACCGAUGGCAUCCACAUCACACGCAGUAGAGAUGUUCAGGUGAUGGACUGCACGAUCAAGACCGGAGACGACUGCAUGUCGAUCGAGGACGGAACCGACAACCUAUAUGUCAAGAACAUCGUGUGUGGGCCUGGACAUGGCAUCAGCAUUGGGAGCUUGGGCGAUCACAACUCUGAAGCUCAUGUCAACAACGUCACCAUUGACACUGUCAGGCUAUAUGGCACAACCAAUGGAGCUCGCAUCAAGACAUGGCAGGGAGGAAAGGGUUCUGCGAAGAACAUCGUAUUCCAGAACAUGAUCAUGAACAAUGUCCGGAACCCGAUCAUCAUCGACCAAAAUUACUGUGACUCUUCUACACCCUGCAAGCAACAGAAAUCUGCGGUGGAGGUGAGCAACGUGCUAUUUAAGAACAUUCAGGGCACAAGUGCAUCAGAGGAGACCAUCAUGCUGCAUUGCAGCAGCAGUGUGCCUUGCCAUGGUGUAACCUUGGAGAACAUCAAGCUCACUCUCAAGGCAGGUAGCAGUGAUGCCAAGAGCACCUGCCAAAAUGCAGAAUGGAAGAAAUUUGGGAGUGUCAGUCCUCAGCCAUGUGGUUUUAAAAACUGAUGUGGAAAAGCAAGGAACAUGCGUCCAAGCAGAACAUGUAAAGGGAUGGAUAUUUACGGUUAUUGAGAAAGUAUCAAAAUGUACCAAUUUUUUAUUGUAAAAUUUUGAUGCCCCCUACUAACCUAGU